CUGCUUGACAGCGCAACGGAGAAGGACGGGAAUUUUGCUGUCAUGCACAUGGAUGUGGGCAAGCCGGUCAUGGACGCCAGAUCGAUGGCUGCAAAGCGCACCAGCGAACUGACUCAGGCCGCCGCCAUGCAAGCAAACAAGAAUGGCUAUCAGCCUGUGAAGCGAAGCAGGCUCGUCUGGAACACGUCCUUCCACGAUCACCAGCAGCAUCCCAACAUGAAAUCAUACGAGCCUACGCCACCACACCAAAUACCCCAGUCGCUCUCUCCGGUAGCUGUGAAAGCUGAGCAAGCUCGAAUCUUGACUCUCCUACGUAGCAUACACCCAGUCAUUGUGGUGGAUCAGCUUUGCAAGGCGAUCGCUUAUUUCGGUGGCAUCCCUGGCGCUCCUCCUCCGCCAAAUAAUGUGUAUCCUGAAAGCGACAAGAGAAAUGGUUCAGGGGCGCUCUUCAUCGGCUGGCUAUCUGAGAUCUUCCCACCUGCUGACUUCACCAAACCUCCGUUUGCACCGCCGGCGCCUAAUCCUCCUGCGGAUUCCUACCAGCCCAGCCCAGUCACUAAUGCCCCCAGUGGCGGGGAUCACACUACAGACGCUGGAGCUCAUGACGAUGGCCACUCUCAACCACAGCCUCCUGCUGCAGCGAAAGACCCGGUCACUCAACAAAACCCGGAAACCCCUAGAAGACCGCGAGGACGACCAAAAGGAAGCAAGAGCUCCAAGGUGCGGAAGGACAAGGGAAUCAAGAAGGGGAGCCGUGUGCCUGACGCUACUUUCGCCAAUACCGAUAUGUCUGCUUCCAAUUUCAGUGGGAAUAUGGAAAGCCAGGGUGACUCGAGCCAGAAUCCAGUGUCAACCCAAGUCCCUGGUGACUUCAGCCGUGACCAUCACCCUAUGAGCUCGCAGUUUACAGAGACGCCAACGCAGGUGCUAGGGGAUACAUCUAUUACCGAAGCCCCAGGAUCAGGUACGCCUAGCGGUAAGAAGCGCGGGCGUCCCAAAGGGUCAAAGAACAGACCCAAACCCAAACCCAACCCGGAAACAGUUCAUGAUUCCCCAGUCGCAGAACCACGCUCGGGCAAUAUGGAUCGGGUUGUGGCUGUCGGAUGGAUGCCCACCGAUGCUUCGCCACAGGCAGGACCACCAAACUCCUCCCAGGUGGAACAUGCCAGUCGGGUACCAAAACCAGUCAAUGGGCUCUCUCAACAUGCGGAAAAUUGGGCAGGCCCCCCUAUUCAAGACCAUCCGCAGCCUUCCGAGCCAAGUCCCCAGAAAGCGGAUGAUCAGGCCAACAAGCGGAAAGCCACGGUUCAGGCUGGGGGGGAUGACUAUUUGCCAGUUCAGACGAAUGGCCAAGGGCAAUCAGGAGGAUCUCAACCGCAGCAAAUGCCAGAAUCACAAGCAAUCCAGAACAAACGGCCACGUUUAUCCCAGGAUUCUAGCGAGUCUGCAAUCAUCAGCCCAACGGAUAGUGUCAACGGGCGAGCACCAACGACUCUAUCCACCCCAGCCUCCCAAGAGGCAGCUACUUCUAGUAGCACUUCACACAUCCCGGCAAACUAUGAUCUCAGUCCCAUGUCUGUGCAGUCUGCGCAGCCACGAUAUCAACAGUCUCAAGUUUCGCAGCAACAACAGCAAAUGCAAGAGCAAGGGCCAGCAAACGUGACCUUCAACAGAAUAGCCACAGGGCCAACACAACCCUUUGGUUCCCAACAACCACAACAGGCUGUUCGCGAGAGAUCUACUCAGAACAGACAAGCCUUUUACAACCAGCAGCAACAGCAUAAUCAACAACGGGCACAACACUAUCAGCAACUCCAGAACCAGAACCAAUUCGCCCAGCUCAAAGCUGCCUCGAAUAUAUCCUCCCACGCGAGCAGCGCAUCCCCGGGGAGCUCACCCACCGAGGUCCGCCGGCCGAAUCCUACAGUCCCUGCAGCCCAGAUGACCGCGAGCUAUCCAGCGGCCUACUCCAACGAUUCCGCAUUCAUGGCGAUGGAGUACGCCAUGAGCGCCAACAGGGCCGUCGAGCAAAGCCAGGAGGCGUUUGCCUCCCAACCAACCCCGACCCAGCUAGAGGCUGCUCUCUCAGACUCAGAUAUGCGUGAGCGCCUCUACCAAGCAUUCAGCGGUCGACGUUAA